AGGCGAUAUUUUUGGCGGAGGGAGGGGCGGUCAGCUCGGAAGGUCGGAAACCACUCAGGUCCAGAAGUGCUGAUUUUAGAAAAGGGGAGCACUAGUGCGACGAUCUUCAAAAACCUCUCCAAGUCACAAGGGUAGGUGCCGGUGCCCUCCCUUUCUCUCAACGACGACGACGCCAACUGGAUGGGCACUCGUGGGGACAUGGAAGACGUCGAUGCCGAUGCCGAGGCAGGCCUCGCGAUGGCUCCCUCGCCGGCCCUGUCAUUGCAGCCGUAUUUCACCUUGCCGUUCGCGUUGCACCUCCGGCCGCUGCCCCACGUCAGCUUUCUGGCGGAGCGAUCUUCAGGUCGAGCAAGGGACGAUGGCGAUGGAGGCGGACCGCUUUCUUCGGAGGACAAUCUGUCGGCAUCGUCUUCGUCUGCCUCCUCCUCGCGCUCAUCUGCCUCUGGCUCCUCUUCUACUGACGGGAGAAGGAAGAGAUUGAGCGGGGCUGGCGACAGUGGCCGUGGUGGUCAGAGGGCUGGCACACACAAGCUCCGGCCCCAUGUGCAGGCCCCACCGCCCCACUCGCUGGACGUCAUGUCCAUCCUUAUGGAGCGAACACGCCUGCUCGAGGCCAUCGAGCCCUUGGCUGAAGUCAUCAAGAUGCUCGAGGACGUGGACGACGACAAGGAAUUCACCAGGCUCAGGCGCUUCUUUGACGCCCGCUUUGACGACGAGGGCAAUCUGAUCGGACCGGGAGGCCGUGACAAGUCCAGCGCAUCGUCGCCGACCAAGAAGGGCUUCAAAGGAUUUGGGAUGGGAAGGACCAAGAGCAAGUCGGAGAGGCCUCAGCAGCAACGCAAAGAAUCGACGGCUUCUUCUACGGCAGCCGCAUUCUUGUGGAAGAAGCGACCAUCGACACUUCGACAGGGCAGCGGAGGUGGCGAGGGCUCGUCAUGGAUGCGAGCACUGUCUCCAGAGGGACAACAACAACGGAAGCUGAGCCACAGCAGCGGCAACAAUCUCAGCUUGGGAGCUCUAGGGCAGGGAAGGGACCGCCGACCUUCAUUCCGAGUAGAUGGGCUUGAGCAAGAUAUCGCAGAGGGGCAAGUAGGUGACGAAAAAGGAGAUGAAGAAGUCAUUGAGGAUGGAGAGUCGAUCAGCGUGCAUUCACCGCCACCCUCCUCGCCCAGUCGCCUGAAAAUGGGCACUUCGCCGCCUGGGCGAUUAGGAGCGCUCAGAGGUGGGCCCGCCUCGCAAGCAAAGAGAAACAGAUCGCCCAUGAAGGCGCCAGAAAUUGUCGCAAAGAGAAAGAAACGUAGGGCUGUCCGAUUCAACGUGCGCCUGGAUUUGCACCACGUUGGAUUGGCUCCGCCACCGCCUCCACAGCCCAAGCGUGCAAGGUCGAGGAGCAAGACGACGGGUUCCAUGGCAUCGCGAAGCAGCAUCGCAAGGCAGCAUCAGCAACAGCAGCAUCAGCAACAACAUUUGCUUGUCUCGUCUGAUCAUUUCGCCACCUCGCCUUCCGACAGAUCAUCCGCACACAACGGCUAUGGAGAUGGCGCACCGCUGGAAAAAGUCACGAGCCCAGAGAGCGUCCAUUCGACCCGCUCUCUGGGUCAACUUAGUGAGGAGAAUAGUGGCAGCCAUGAUAGCGGUGAGCAGCACCAAGGCCGCUUGAGGGCCCGGAAGACAGCGUCGAGGACCGCAAACAGGAGCCUGCCGUUCGGAAGCCCGCCUCGCAACCCAUCCAAGCUCGGUGGCGACGCGACAGCCGCAGGAGAGAGUGGUACAGGGGCCCCUGUUCGCAGCGUGCCUGCAGAUGCGCCAACUCCCAGAUUGAGAGAAGCGCACGAUUCGGACCGCGAGGCUGGAGAAACUUCCGAAGGACCCAGCUCCUCUGCGUCGCAUGGCGGCCAGCGAAGGACAAGCCGCAAGAGUAGUGGGUUGACCGGCCUCUUUGGCGGUGGAAAGGACCCGACCGGCAACCGAAGACCUUCGAUGAUCCAGCGUCUGAUGGGAGUGGGCAGGGCCAAGCCAGAAGCCGCAAUGAACAAGAGCAACACGAGCUUGGCUCUCGUUUCCAAUACCAGCAGCGAGGCGCUUGGUGGCCCGGCUCUGUCAUCCUCAGCAGAGCAGGCUGAUAAUGCAGGCGCGAAGCUACAAAAGCAAAUGCCGUCCCUGCCCAGUCUUCAGGUCCCACCACCCAGCUUUGCUACCGAUGGCGUGUCGCCCACAUCGCAUGGUCCACCUACGCUUGACUCUAGCGCAACGCUGAUGGGUCAAACGUCCGAGGGAGAGGGAAUGCAGACGACAGAAAAGGCCGUGGGCAUGGCCAGAGGGCGAUCAAAGACGAUACACUCGGAAUGGUCCAACGAAGAGGCGCUCGAUCUCGGCGACGACGAGCUCGAAGGCAGCAUGGGUGGCUCCUCUGCUGGCUGGAGCCGAUCGAUGCGAUCUAGCUUUGGUGCAACGAGCAGCCUCCCGUUCCGAGGGAGGGCCUCGUCUGGAGGUACGGCUGCAACAGGAGCACCGGCCUCUGGCUGGAUGGCGUGGUCAGUGCCAAAAGGAGACCCUGGCAUCGGCGGUGCCGGCGGAGGUGCAACCGGUCUGAUGCUGGAGCCCGAACUCAGACCAGUUCAAGAAGGUCGUGCCUUUGACUCUGACUCGGUCUUUUCCGGACGGAGCGGCCAGCCCGAGGGCUCGUUUCGUGUCUUUUCGGACGGCGACGAAGAAGAGGAAGACGAGGAGGACGAUGACUUUGAUGGGUUCGACCAGGAUCACGGACGGGGCGAUGCCGUCCUCUCUUCCUGGGUUGGCCGAAGCGAUUUCUUGUCACUCCUUCGUCUUGCUUCCGAAAAAGCUUUGAGCCUAGCCGCGAGGUCCCCAGACAAGGCGGCCAUACCUAGCGAAAAGGCGCUUGGCAAGAAACCCGAAGGCGAGGUGACGCCUCAGCAGGAGACCACGCGGCCCAAUUCCAUCGAGCUCGAUCGCGAGGAAAUGGCUGAUGCGCUUCUCGAAGCAACGAUGGGGCAGAGCGUGGGUCCAAAGGGUCUCGACGCGGAGGAUGGUUGGUGGCCCUGCGGGUCCGCUGAUCCGCUCCCUAUUGCGUUCGCAUGCGCGCUGGCUGAGGCACUUGGAUGGCAGGGCGUGAUGCGCCUUUGCUAUGGGAAGGGCAGUCUCUGCGCUCGUUCCGGUGACUUUGGGCCCUUGGGACGGGCUGCCGAUAUUAACGACAAGCAAAAAGAGGACAGCGAAAAGGUUGAGCGUUGGGCGAGGGACGUCUCAGCAAGCGCCUACGCAAGUCCGAGGCAGUCGGUCGCAGAUCCUGAGCUGCCGUCGGGACUCACCAACGGCCAAGGUGAAAGCGACGAGGACGAAGGCACGCGGAAUAUGCCGGAGUUGGCACCUCAGACUACGAUCGAGAGCUCGCUUGCACCUUCCGAGAGCGCAUCAACGAAAGCGGCAGUCGUUGCCGCUAGUUCAGUGCCCGCCAUUACAGAGGACGCUACAUCGACAACGGCAGCACAGGCUCUGCUCGGCAAGUGGAUGAAAAAGAAGCCCAAUAAUCGGCCCGGUCGAAGCAUGACGAUGCCUGCGGACGGUCAAGCAGCCGUUCCUGCUGCUGCUACAUCUGCUGAGAAUGCUUCUUCUGCGGGGGCUAUCGCCAGCAGUGGCGAUGAGGGUGGCAUGAGAAAGGGUGCAAAGCGCGAUCGCACAUGGGACGAUUGGAGCCGGCUCAGCGUCAGCAUGGCCUCGUGGGUGCAAGAGUACGAGAAGUGCAGGGUACGCAACGGUCUAGCGCGAGAGUAUGCCACCGAUCCGCCGUGGGCCGACGAGGAGGAAGAGCAUCAACAAGACUCCGGCUUCGUCGAAGCGAGUACUAAGCUGCCUACACGCAAGGACUCGGGCACGUCGCUUGAGGUGCCUUCCAGUGCCGGUGAGGGUAGUCUUCUCUACGCAAAUACCCCUCCGGCGCAAGCACAGGUGCCCUUGUGUGUUCGCACGGACGCGGUCCAGGGCAACCAUGGCUAUCGCAGGCGACACGGUAUUCCUGAAGGCCUACCCUUGGGCCCUGACGGUCAAGAGAUGGGCGACUACCGCUGGGCACGCAGCAAGCUGAAGCCGCGGCAUUUUGCAACGUCGAUGAUCCUUUCUACGACUUCGCUUUCGUACUUCUUCGGUCAGCUGGCCUCGUCUCCAUGGGUGCACACAUCGUCGUGGGAGCUAGAUUACCUCGAGAUGUGCGUCUUCAAGUCACCGUUCCUUGCGCAACGUUUCCCUCCGCCUGGUCCGACAAUUGCCCGCGACGACCAGUCAUUCCAACCGUCGCCGUCGUCUCCCGAAGCGGCGCGAGCGAAGCCCUGCCCCAAUCCAACGUUGGAAGGGUGGUGGAAUCCGUCAGAUUGGGUGGAGUGGCUCGGCCAGGUCAAGGAAGGCAUGAUUAUAAGCCCGGCAGUCAGCUUCCAAGCCUGGUGGACCCUUAUCGCAGCUCUCAAUGGCGCAGAUGGCUCUGGCCGAAAUUUCAACCUGCAGGUCAAAGCCUACGAUGAGCCCUUUGACCAUCUCCUCAAAGAUCAUGACUCUGUUUAUCUUUAAUUCUUCACACAAUCUUGUAAUACUUCCAGAGAUACACACACACACUCAUGAUUCUACACUACAU